CGGUGUGCAACUUACACAAUGCACUGGGGAAUUGCGAGAAGCAGGCACCCGCUAGAGACGGGGUUAGUAUUGCCUGGAAAAGUAUCCUGUCAGUGUUUUCCUUUUCACAACCUCUACUGCCUUCUAGCCUCAAGUUGUCGUGGACCCUGGGGUCGCACAACGAUUUUCGAUAGAGCCCAUUGACUUUCUGUUUGCGUUGCCAAAAUGUAGAGCAAUGUGUAUGAUGUAUCACUCCAGCGCGCAGAUUUCAUUCACAUCAGCUCCAACACCGACCCAGUCUCACACAUUGAUAAUUAAAUCACAAUACUGUUUUGAUCAUGAUGAUCAUUUUCUCGAUGAACAAUCUGAUUCCAAUAGUGAGCCAUGCCAGGUUUGCUAAGCCACCAGAACUCUGCUCUCGUGCUCAAAAUCGUCGCACCGGCAAAGCUAAGCGGGAAGCGCAGAUUAGCCGCGGAUAAACUGUGCAGCUGAUUAUCAACUAACACGUGGCCCGUCCUCGUGGCUCGUGCACGCCAUAAAACAAGCCCUCUUCUGCUCACGAACUCCGUAUGUUACUACGGAUUUGGAACCAAAAUUGUCACACCCCCCUUCUCCCCCCUCCCCUUACUGUGCACCCGCCCCAAAACCUCAACCACGUAUUCACAUCGGGAUGGGCUUGGAUGUUUUUAUGGGGAGUCGGCUAACUCGACUGUCAACCAAUGAGAGGCAUGGGCGCCACAAAGACCGGAUGUGGCUGCCGUCUCGUGCAAUGAUGUCAUUCCUCCCGGCUGGUAUCGUCCGAUCAAGCAGAUUUUUCCUACCCGCUGAAAUAUCCCAUGGAUGAGCAGAAAUGAAAGAUGACGGGAAAUGCAGAGAGAUCCUUCCAAUUUGCCCCAGUCGCAACAUGAUCGUUGUUCGCUUCAUGAUUAAGUCACUAUUGUUUCAUACAAAAGGGAUAUAAACGUCCCUUGAAGACCUACCCUUUGCCUCAGUGCACAACUCGAGAAUCGAGGCAUUGUCAAACCUUCAACUACGGAGUCAAUGCCAACUGAGCCAAUUUUCCUUCCCAACGGUUAUGUGUACACCGUCACCCCCGUCUUCGGGGGAAUGACAUUCAAGCACAACGAAAUCAACAUCAGCCAUUCAACCCUACCACCGGGAUGGAAUAUAGUCGUACAUACCGAAAGGUUUUCUCCGACAAGUGAGGAAUGCCGACCCGAAUCUCCCUCCAAUUCUGGCAAUUCCUCGUCGGGCCUCUCCCGCCCAGGCUCUGGCUCAAGGCCUCAAAGCCCGUCCAGGGAGAAUAGACGCACCCCCCGAAGCCGUUCAUUUCGCUUUACAAAACCGACCCUUGACCGUGAUUGCCUUUUCAUCUCUUCCCUAUUCUUUCCUUCAAGUCGGGACUUCAAAUCGCCCUCAUCGCCCACACGGCAGAUUGCGAUGAUGCUCUGGGCAACCCUUUGGUGGUAUUUUCAUUUGCCAGAGCCAAAUCGACAUGUCUCCACCCCUGAAUCCGCGUUGACACCCGAGCCUGGCCGCCCAAAGGGAGAGUGGCGUGUGUAUAUCAAACGAGAAGGUGUCCUUAAAGGUCGCAAUCUGAUGCAAAAACUGGAGCGAAUGGGCUUAGUGACAUCUGAGGAUUCGUCCGUGGGUCUCGAUCCCGCCGAUCCUGAUUAUCAGGAUGGCUGGAAAGAAAUGUACGUCAGUCGUCGUAGGUUCUGGCAAUUGGAUCCUAGAAUCUUCCUUUUCACGUUGCAGCCCGUGUCAGUGCCACCGGUUAUCGAUAUACCACACUUUUCUCGCCCGGACUCUCCCCCCAGUGGUAGCAUAUCAACGACAUCCCCUACGUCUGCAGCUGCUCUUCUAGGCCCGGAAAAUGUUCCUUUCAACCCAUCUAUGCCUGGUGGCCCAUUUUACUCUGGAAGUCACUUGCCAACCUUUUUCCCUCCCGCUCCUCCACUCUAUACUUUCACAAACGGAACACGCCAUCCCAUCCGUCCUAAACCACCCAGGCAAGGAGAAACGUUCUAUGUCCGCUAUAUUCGCAGUGUAGCGCAGACGCUGUCCUUCCGUGUCCCAGUUCUCAAGGCGAGAGAGUCGGUCAUGUUAAGUGACUUGAACAUACGCCAUCGCAAGUCCGCAAGCGCAACAUCCAUCGCUGACAUGAUAACAGCGGGUUCUGUCUCGCCCAGAUCAGAAAAUGAAUCAGAUCUUGACGUCUUACACAGGUGGAUGAACAAUCCACGCAUUAAUGCUGCUUGGGGCGCAGCUGGCCCGCGCUCGAUUCAAGAUGCUUUCCUGCGGAAGCAACUCACGUCCACCUUCUCAUUUCCCGCCUUGGGUUGUUGGGAUGGCAAGCCGUUUGGGUAUUUUGAGAUUUAUUGGAUAAAGGAGGCAAAUAUAGCAAAGCUGCUCCUGUCUCCAGUGGGCAAUUGGGAUCGUGGGUUCCACUGCUUAAUUGGCGAAGAGGAGUACCGGAGUUCACAUCGAGUACAGAUAUGGUUGAGUGCACUGGUACACUACUGCUGGCUGGCGGAUAAUCGGACGGAGAAUGUCAUCCUGGAGCCUAGAGUUGACAAUGAGAGGUUAAUUUCUAGCCUUCAUACAGCAGGCUUCUAUAAAGAUGGAGAAGUGACCUUUCCCCACAAGCAAGCUGCUGUGAUGAGGAUGAAACGAGAUAAUUGGGAAGCACCCGUGAUAUGAUGCCUUUAUACCACUCAGUAGACCGACGCUCCGAAAUUUCAUUCGAUGCUGUUCAGAGAAAGCAUCGAAUAAUAGCCUCUUUUUUCGUAUGAGGUACCUAAAUUCGGUAGCGUUUCCAGUCUCUGUUCGAACAUACUGUUACUACCUAGUCUAACGAUAGAUAAUUCGUCGCGCUCGCUCCUUACAGCGG